AUGGAAUGCAAAGAGUUCGAUAAGCAAGAAAACUGCCUACCAGUCAUUUUCUUCUCCGAUGAUGAUUUGAUCUGCGAUGCAGAGCAUAACAGACCAUUAAUGAUAGAAGGUCAUAUCCGUGGGAAGAAGUCUAAUUACACAGUGCCAUUGCCGUAUGUUGAAAGAAAUAAGCCAUUUUUAGUGGCUCCAGGAAGAUUUCAGGAAAAGCGAGAAAAAUUCCAAGGAUUGGGGGCAGAAUCAUCGGUGAACAUGGUUACAACUGAGCAGUUAUCGGAGGAGGAUCUUAAAAUAGUCGAACAUCCUGCAAUGGCUCCAAAGCAAAUGGAAGACAGGGGGCAACUGACGAUAGACAGUUUGCAAGAAAUAAACCUGGGAACGGAAGAAGAGCCGAGGAACACAUUCGUCAGCGUAGGUCUUUCUGAACAAGAAUUUGAGAAAUACGUCCAGCUUCUCAAAGAAAAUAAAGACGUCUUCGCUUGGACGUAUGCGGAGAUGCUAGUUAUGCCAUUUGGUCUCAAGAUUGCUAGGGCAACAUAUCAAAGGGCAAUGCAGAAUAUCAUCCAAGACAUGAAGCAUAAACAUGUCGAGUGUUAUGUCGAUGAUUUGGUGGUCAGGUCAGGAGAUCAUCAGGAGCAUCGCGAACAUUUGGCAUCAGUUUUCCAUCGGCUUAGAAAGAAACAGCUGAAGAUGAAUCCGACUAAAUGCGCAUUUGGGAUGUCUUCAGGCAAAUUUCUUGGUUUCGUCAACUGA